UUCCAAGAUGGUGGCCUUCAGUCGUAAAAAUUUCAAGUUUUGUUGAAAUUUUCUAUUUUUAUACAAAUUUCAAAAGCAACCUGUUCAUUUUGUGACUUUAAUCUUUACAAAUGUUAAGACAUUAUAUCUCCCUCUAUUUCCCCAAAUUUUUCACACAUUGAAUUAUAUUUAGUUGCUUUCUCGCCACAGGACAGAAUAAGAAAAAUCGACAUUCAUUCAAAUUAUUUCAUAAUUUCAUUCAAAUAAAAAUCCCAUUGGCAUUAGGCCUGCUGAGAUUAGCAAGAUAAUUAAUGGCGUCAACAACUAACCCACCUACUUGUGUCGACGAAAAAAGUAAACUAGUAGAUACAGAGAGAAAUAUCAGAAACAGAAUUGCUCUAGAAAAACAGGCCUUUCAUAUUGUUGAGAAUUUGAUAGAAACGGGUGUAAAAGAGGAAUAUCUGCUAGAAAUUGGUAAUCUGAUAGGACUGGGUCAUUACCAUGAUGUUAUUGAAGAAAGAACAAUUGUUGAACUAUGUGGUUAUCCCCUCUGUGAUAAUCAACUUAAGAUGAUACCAAAGCAGAAAUAUCACAUUUCAUCCAAGUCAAAUAAAGUUUACGACAUUACAGAGAGGAAGAAAUUUUGCAGUAACCAGUGUUUUAAGGCAUCAACAUUUUAUGAAAACCAGAUCUCAACGUCACCAAUCUGGGCGAGAGAAAGUGAACGAAAAGUUGAAUUUAAACUUUUACAGCCUGGAAGGGGUUUCCUAGGUGUAGAUGUUAUUGGGUCUCCUGAUCCUAAUUUAACACUGAAAGCACAGGUUGAGGAGUUACUGAAAUUAGAUUCUGUUGGGUCGAGAGACAAAUCCACUGAAAAAUCUAACAAAAAUAUCGAAGAUGUAACUGAAAGUUUAGAAAAGGUUGAUUUAAAUCUUAACAAUGGAAAUUUAUCUGAUGCAAUCAUUGAUACCAAUUCUAAACAAACAGAAUUUUCGGAAUCUACUAGCAAGAAAUAUGGAAAUUCUUCCUCUAUUUUUAAGGAAAGUGAAUCUCCUGAAAUUAGGGAAAGUGAAUCUCCUGAAAUUAAGGAAGAUCAGUUGUGUAAAAUAAACGAAACGAAAACUAGUGGAUUCUCCCAGAAACCAACAGAAUCAAAGAGUGAUUAUAUGAUUAGAUUACUGGAUAAACGAAAGAAAUUGUUGGCUAAAAUGGCCGACGACAAACCACUCCAGGUCACAUCCAAUGACAAAAUUCCCUCAGUUUUGUCUGAAAGUUUAGACUUAACUCCUAGAAAUACUUCUGGAGAUAUUUCUAGUGUCAAAACAUCUGAUAAAGGCAAAAAAGAGCAAAAAGAUAAAAUUUUGGAACAUGAUUUAAGAGGGACAACUCUAAAAGAAUCAGAGUUAUCUCCCUUGUCUUUUAUCUGUACGGUCAUUAAACAGUGGAUUACUGUAAAAACAAAAGAUUUCUUGAUGCGAAGGGGAGAAAACUCUGAUCAGAGAGAUGAAGACUUCAACUACAAGUAUGCUGUGUUGUGCCAGAGUCUCGAGAGAAAGGAGCAAGAACGUGAAAAGCUUGAGGAAGGUUUGAUGGAAGAAUUAGAUGAGUCAGAAACUAGACCUAAAAAGACGACAAAGCCUCUACCCGAUUACAAGAAGAUCGAGAAAGAAACAAAAGAAUUUGAAAUUAAAGUCAAAGAAUUUUACAGUGGAAAUUUCUAUACUGAUAAAGAGUUGAAGGAAUCGGAGAAGUGUAGUUUCCAGGGUCUGGCAAGGAAACGGCUAGGAAUGAAAAACCAAGUGCAUGUGAAGAACCCUUGGCAGAUGGAAACACCAAAGUCUAGGCAAAAUUUCCCUCAUAGCACACUGCAAGGAUAGGAUGUUAAAUCUCAUUUCAUCUUUUCAUUUUAAACUUGUACUGGACAUUUUGAACUUUGUGCUGGACAUGUACUGUAAUAUAACUGACAUUAUAUACAAAUCUGUCCCAGAUAAAAUGACAAAUCUGUCCCAGACAAAAUGACAGACACCAUAGUGAUUGUGCUUGACGAUGUCUAUGACAGGUACAUGUAUAUAUAUUUGACAGGGAGAGGGGUCUUGUAUAGUCUGCUGCUCCCUAAUCCCUAUUCAUAUACAAAUCUGAAUACAAUACUCAAGGCUAAAAUGUACUCAGAUUGAUUAUUUAACAUCUUUUUAAUCCGAUUUAAUAGAAGCUAG